AUGCUGGGAGUCUUCAGGGUGCUCAUUUUGUCAUCCAUCAGCAUAACCAUCCUGUUGCAGGAACGCAACCGAGACACGAAUACACUGCCUAUGAAAACCGCCUCAAGUUCAACUGGUUCUCUUCUCAUAUGGGACACGGGAACUUAUAGUAUCCUGCAGCGAAAAAGCAAAAACUCACCAUCUGAAGAUCCAUCAUCACCGCCAUCUUCACCAGCAUCAUCCCUUACAUCAACACCACAAGCUCUUCUACACGAAGCUUUUCAGAGCCGAAAAAUCCGUAUCCGCUUGCACGGAUCUCACUUACCUGAUCCUUACGUCUUGAACCUUCGCUUGACCAAGUCAGAAGAUAUCGCUGGUAGACGGAAAAGUGGGAGCACGCCUCGGAAACGAAGACGUCCCCGCAUGCGAACCUAG